CUUUUCUGGGAAAAUGGCCAAGAGAAAAUCUACCGCAAGUCCAGCUUUGCCACGCAAGAGGACGAAGCUGGACCAGCCGACCGAAACACCAAGUCUUCAAACUCUCGAUACCGAUGCAACGGCUGCCUCUUCUUCUUCACCGUCUCCGUCAACUCUGCAACGAGCCCUAAAACGCAAGAGAUCAGAGAGCAACCCGAUUGACAGCCAAGAUGAAUCGGAUACAAGCAUCAGCACGAAACGGACCAGGACUGAGAGUCCGAGAGAGCCAUCGCCUAAUUCCAAUUACGGGGACAUUCUGUUACAUGACGAUUACCCAGAAUUACAAGCGCACAUUUACUGGGAGGAGACGGACUUGACCGAGGAGGCGAGGCGGUAUAGGGAAAUUACCACACUGUACUCGCAGGGCUAUGUGGGUGGCUGCUCAUGUGGGAAAAUGCACAUGGCUAUUGGUCGGAAAUCGUGGCAUUACCCAGGUCAAGAACCAGAACUAGAUGAUGAGCCAGACGAACCAUUUCCAGAAGCAGACCAAGCAUACGCACAACAAAGCUCUGCAUCUGUAUACCGAAGCCGAGGCCGACAGCCGUUACUCAGCCCAGAGCUUUCCGACAAUGAGAUUAAUGCUGGCAACAGUCAAUCCAUUUCUGCGCCAAUCAAUGUCUCUACUUCGCGGGGAUCUUCGACUACACCAGACUUGCAAGUACCCGUUGUUGCAGAAAUACCAGAUGUUUCCCCCAACACUUCGCUCAUCGUCACACCUACGGUGGACCUUGGCCGAGUCUCGCGUCAACGCAACGUGAAAAAGUCAACCCCGCGACGCGAAACACGCAGGAAGAACAAAGACAAGAUAGGCAAAGGGAAAAAAGACAAGACAGGCAAAGGGAAAAAAGAUAAGACUGUCCAGCAACAGCCUCGGAACCGGAAACGAGAGACCACAACCGCAGCUGAAGAGUCAGCUGCCUUAAGACGGUCAUCGAGGAGAAAUGCUCAAGCCCAGUUAUGGUUCUUAGAUGACAGGGGCAAGGCUUGCGAAGCAGCAGUAUCUUCAACAUGACAAGCAUAUGUUGAGGGAGACUUGAAGACUUGAGUACCAGUUGGGUUAGAGGAGGGCAUACCCGUUAACCUGGCAGGGCCGGGGGCAGCGGGCAGCUUUCAUUCCUCUAACAUGAACUGACUACCUCUUUAGGCCUUUGUUUGAUGCCACUUACAUGACACCUAUCUAGACAUGGUCGCUAAUCUGACAGGGUCGGAGGCAGCGGCGCAGUCUAAAGGUAGAUUUUAGGUCUGGCAUCACAAGGUAAAGAGGUUUUAAAGGCAUGGUCGUUAAUCCGGCAGGGCUGGAGGCAGCGGCGAAGUCUUUAAAGGGCUCAAGUAUAAAGCUCCUUUCAUAUGGUACUGUGUUGUUUUCUCCCUUUUCUUUUUGCUAUUUUUUAUGAUGAUGAUAUAUUUAUACCCAGGCAAAGCGCAGGAGUUGGUACGGUAGAAAUCUCUUUGAAGUUUUUCAUAUAUCCCCGUUGGUCACUCAAAGUGAAACCAAUGGGCAAAGGCAAUUAACUUGUUUUUUCCCUUCUCUGUGCGAAAGUACAUUGAGAAGGUAGGCUUGUACACUUUUCUCUUGGUUCAUUCUUAGUGACCUACUAUUUGGCGUAACCUUGCAAAAGCUGGGCAUGGGCAGUUUCAAUGCCAAGAUCGGAAUGAGAAGCUGGAUAUCUAGAUUCUAGAUUUUCUAACUAAGCUAGCUACUUAGCAAUCAGCUAUUAAAUAUCAAUGGCCAAGUACUGUGUUC